UCAGUCAGAGCUAUUAACUGGAAAAUGUAUGUUUUUUCACUGUCCGCUUUAACCGUGUGAUUUACCAUUGUGGAUUCCAAAGUAUUCACCUCAAAUUUAUCGCAGAGUCAUGCAAAACAGCAGACACUAGACUAGUAAUGCACAAAAAACCAUAUACAGUAGAGCAGACAAUAAGCCCAAACCCCAAGGAGAGAAUCACUUUUCCCUCGCUUAGUCAAUUUUACCAUCUGGACUUUUCCUUUAUUCGCUCUCCCACUCACUCACUAACUCCACUUUACGAAUUCUCCUUCCCAAAUGCAAAAAUGCUUCUCAAUCUUCGCCGGAUGAAACUUGUUCUUCCUCCAACUUGUAUGUAGCUGUGUGAAUUGAAUAAUUUAACUAUCUAGCUCUAACUGUUCCUUGCUGGAUAUGAGGAGAUUACAUUUUUGUCAGAUUCAGGGGAUUAUUCUGAACUAUUAGGAUCUUUGAUUUCUCAGUUUGCAACAGAUGGAAAUAUUGUACAUAGCAAGUUUCUUAGUGCUGACUUCAACUCCGGCUCUGCCAGUAUCCGUUGCAGCUAUUCGGCACAACUAAAGUGAUUCUUUCUUUUGACUGCUGACAGGGCAGGAGGUGAAUCUUUAGGUGGUGAUGAAGAGGCAUAUCCAUUACAAUGCUCAUCCAAUUUCUCCACACCCUUUUGAGGCAUUCUGGUAUGACUCUUGGCAAGCUGUGGAGCGCCUAAGGAUCAGUGUGGGAACUAUCAGUACUCAUAUUCUUGUUGAUGGGGAGGUGAUUGAGGAGAAUAUUCCAGUAUCAAAUCUCCGAAUGAGGUCUAGAAUAGCUACUUUAUCUGAUUGUGCCUGCUUUUUACGACCCGGACUUGAGGUUUGUGUGCUUUCAACCCCUUACCAAGCAGAAGAUUUGGGAGAUGAGAAAGAUGGAAAGCCUGUGUGGAUUGAUGCAAAAAUAAGAUCGAUAGAGAGGAAGCCUCAUGAGCUCACUUGUACUUGCCAAUUUUAUGUCAGCGUUUAUGUCACUCAAGGCCCUCCUCCCAUUUUGAAGAAAACCCUAAGUAAAGAGAUAAAUAUGUUGUCCAUUAAUCAGAUCGCCAUCCUCCAAAAACUUGAGCCUAAACCAUGUGAAAACAAACAUUACCGUUGGAGUUCAUCUGAGGACUGCAAUUCACUGCAGACUUUUAAACUAUUCAUAGGAAAAUUCUCCUCUGACCUCACAUGGUUAGUGACUGCAUCCGUUCUGAAAGAAGCUACAUUUGAUGUGAGAUCGAUACACAACCACAUUGUCUAUGAGAUUGUGGAUGAUGAUCUUGGCAAAAAAGAAUCAAAUUCAGACCAUCAUUCUUACUCCGUGAAUUUCAAGUUAGAAAACGGAGUUUCAACAACCACUGUUGUUCAAUUCAGUAGGGAUAUCCCAGAUAUAAAUCCUACCAGUGACUUAAGUGAAGCUGGGCCUCUGGUUCUGUAUGACCAAAUGGGCCCACGAAGGUCAAAGCGUCGAUUUGUACAGCCAGAGCGUUAUUAUGGAUGUGAUGAUGAUAUGGUAGAAUUUGAUGUUGAGAUGACACGGUUAGUUGGGGGAAGGAGAAAAGUGGAGUAUGAUGAACUACCACUGGCACUAUCUAUUCAGGCUGAUCAUGCUUAUCGAACUGGUGAAAUUGAAGAAAUUGCCAGGUCUUACAAGAGAGGGCUGUUUGGAGGAAAUAUCAGACCUCAUGAGAAGAAGUCUUCAGAAAGUUCAGCCAGAUGGAGAAAUGAGGUCAACUCAGAUGUAAAGAAGCUUGCUGACAAGAAAUCAGUUACAGCAGCCAGACAAACUCAACUUGCUAUAGUUCCCCUGCAUCCUCCUGCAGGAACUGAUGUGACUGUCCAUGAACAGGUUCCACUUGAUGUUGAAGUUCCUGAAGAUGUGUCUGCAGAGAUUGGUGAAAUAGUUUCCAGAUAUAUUUAUUUCAAUAGCUCUUCAACGUCGCAUGAUAGGAAAGCUUCUAAGAUGAACUUCACAAAACCAGAAGCUAGACGCUGGGGGCAAGUCAAAAUUUCAAAGUUAAAAUUCAUGGGACUUGAUCGUAGAACUGGGGCGUUAGGUGCACAUAAGAAAUACAAAAGAAAUACUGCAAAGAAGGAUAGUAUUUAUGAUAUAAGGUCUUUCAAAAAGGGUUCUGUAGCUGCUAACGUGUACAAGGAACUGAUUAGAAGGUGCAUGGCGAACAUUGAUGCCACACUUAAUAAGGAACAACCACCAAUAAUUGAUCAAUGGAAAGAAUUUCAGUCAACAAAAUCUAGCCACAGAGAGUCUGCUGAGAAUCUCUCAACUAAUAAGGAGGAAGAGGUUUCAGAACUUGAUAUGUUAUGGAAGGAGAUGGAACUAGCCCUGGCAUCAUGUUAUCUUCUAGAUGACAGUGAGGAUUCCCAUGUUCAAUAUGCAAGUAAUGUCAGGAUAGGAGCUGAAAUACGUGGAGAAGUUUGUCUACAUGAUUAUCGACUUAAUGAAGAAAUCGGAAUUAUUUGCCGGUUAUGUGGAUUUGUUAGCACUGAAAUAAAGGAUGUUCCACCACCCUUUAUGCCUUCGGCAAAUUAUUGUUCCAGCAAGGAGCAAAGAACUGAAGAAGCUACAGAUCACAAGCAGGAUGAAAAUGGCCUUGAUACUUUGUCCAUUCCUGCUUCUUCCAUUGCACCCUCAUCAUCAGAAGGGGAAGAAAAUGUGUGGGCCUUGAUACCUGAUCUAGGAAAUAAAUUACGGGUACACCAAAAGAGAGCUUUUGAAUUUCUGUGGAAAAAUAUUGCUGGAUCCAUAGUACCUGCAGAAAUGCAACCGGAGAGCAAAGAGAGAGGUGGCUGUGUUAUUUCUCACUCUCCAGGAGCUGGGAAAACCUUACUAAUUAUUUCCUUCCUUGUAAGCUACCUGAAGUUAUUUCCUGGAUCACGACCAUUGGUCCUUGCUCCCAAGACAACACUCUACACCUGGUACAAAGAAGUACUUAAGUGGAAGAUUCCUGUGCCAGUCUACCAAAUUCAUGGUGGUCAAACCUUUAAGGGAGAGGUUCUAAGGGAAAAGGUGAAGUUAUGCCCUGGUCUUCCUCGCAACCAAGAUGUCAUGCAUGUAUUGGACUGCCUUGAGAAAAUGCAGAUGUGGCUUUCGCAACCCAGUGUUCUCCUUAUGGGCUAUACCUCUUUUUUAACCCUGACACGGGAAGAUUCACAUUAUGCACAUAGGAAAUAUAUGGCCCAGGUGUUGCGGCAGUGUCCAGGGCUCCUAAUACUUGAUGAAGGGCACAACCCGAGAAGUACAAAAUCCAGGUUAAGAAAGGGUCUAAUGAAGGUCAAUACACGGCUUAGGAUUCUGCUUUCUGGUACACUAUUUCAGAAUAAUUUUGGGGAGUAUUUCAACACACUUAGCUUAGCAAGGCCAACCUUUGUUGAUGAGGUCUUGAAGGAGCUGGAUCCUAAGUACAAGAAGAAAAACAAAGGUGCAUCGCGCUUUUCAUUGGAAAAUCGAGCAAGAAAGAUGUUUAUUGAUAAAAUCUCAAGCGUCAUUGAUUCAGACAUCCCCAAGAAAAGGAAAGAAGGCCUAAACCUAUUGAAGAAACUAACAGGUGGAUUCAUAGAUGUGCAUGAUGGUGGAACAUCUGACAACCUUCCUGGUUUACAAUGCUACACCUUGAUGAUGAAAUCAACUACUCUUCAACAAGAAAUUUUGGUGAAGCUUCAAAAUCAAAGGCCUAUCUACAAAGGAUUUCCACUGGAGUUAGAGCUGUUGAUUACCCUUGGUGCAAUCCAUCCUUGGUUGAUCAGAACAACAGCUUGUUCUAGCCAAUACUUCAAGGAAGAAGAGCUGGAGGCUCUCCAGAAAUUCAAGUUUGAUCUGAAGCUGGGUUCAAAAGUCAAAUUUGUAAUGAGCCUAGUGCCUCGUUGUCUCCUCAGGAAAGAAAAGGUUUUGAUAUUUUGCCACAACAUUGCUCCAAUUAAUCUUUUCCUGGAGAUAUUUGAGAGGUUCUACGGGUGGAGAAAGGGCAUCGAAGUACUGGUGCUUCAAGGUGACAUUGAGCUUUUUCAGAGAGGAAGGAUAAUGGAUCAAUUUGAGGAGCUAGGUGGACCAUCAAAGGUUAUGUUGGCAUCCAUUACAACUUGUGCAGAAGGCAUUAGCUUGACCGCAGCGUCACGUGUAAUAUUACUGGAUUCGGAGUGGAAUCCUUCUAAGAGCAAGCAAGCCAUUGCACGGGCUUUUCGGCCUGGUCAGGACAAAGUUGUCUAUGUCUACCAGCUUUUGGCAACGGGUACACUAGAAGAGGAGAAAUACAAAAGAACAACAUGGAAAGAAUGGGUAUCAAGCAUGAUAUUCAGUGAAGACCUUGUGGAGGACCCUUCUCACUGGCAAGCACCAAAAAUUGAGGAUGAAUUGUUGAGAGAAAUUGUUGAGGAGGAUCGAGCUACAUUAUUCCACGCCAUUAUGAAAAAUGAGAAGGCUUCUAACAUGGGAAGUCUGCAGGAAUGAAGUCCCUGUACCUAAAAUAAGGACUGCAUAAGCCAGACAUCAGCUGGUGUGAAGAAAAAAUGUGUUCCAUCACAUUUGGAGGCGGAUUCAGGAUUUUAAAGUCGGUUUGUGUGAAAUAGUAUGUCGUAUUACUUCUCCUUUAUUACAAUGUGCAAGGACUCGAUAUAAAUAAGUGUGUUUUAAACAUCUUAAAUUUUAUAUAUGCAACUUGAGCUGAACACAACGAGCGGCGGAUUCAGGAUUAUAAGCAAAUAGGUGUCGAAUACUAUUUGUAUUAUGCUUCUUUGUGGCAAUGUGUAAGGACUCGGUAUAAAUAAGUAGUAUGUUUUAUUUUGAUAUGUAA